AAGAAAAUAAAAUUCCUGCAUUGGCCGGGAAUCGAACCCGGGCCUCCCGCGUGGCAGGCGAGAAUUCUACCACUGAACCACCAAUGCGCGGUUUGUCACCUUUGCCACGAUCUUAUCUAAAGUUGUAAGAGGUUGAGGCGGACCCGGCUGGGCGACAGCGGAGGCCAGGGAACUGGUCCCGAAUGGUUGACGUGGGUGGAGCGCCAGGUCAUUCUUCCUCCCAUCCGGAUCCGGCCACCGGGCCAUAAAGCUGCCCCAUAUGGCCAGGGGCGGCCCCACACCCGGGUGCGAACAGCCCGGGCCCCCCAGCCUCGCGUUCAGGUGAGAAAAAUUCAGCCCGAGCCCAGGUUCCCAAGGAGGGGGGCGGCGGGGGCUGUUGGGGCCACACAUUUGCGCUCCCAUUUGGCUGAGGGACGGAGAAGUGGGAUGUGCUGGGGCCCCUGGUUCCAAAUGGGAGCCCCCUCCUCAAGGUCUGUGCCUCUCCCGGCUCGAGCUUUGGCAAGAAAGGCUCCGUGACAAAAGCAAGGUGCGGAGGGCCGUUGGGAGGGCUUGGAGGAAACCCCACUGGUCUCUGACUGCACAGCUAUCUUCCGUCUCGGUCUGCAACCCUGUCUUUCCAUGUCUUUGUCCCUGGCAACUUGGCUGUCCUGUUGAAUUUCUGAUUUAUCUUCUCAGGCACUUUGUCCUGAAGCCCCCAAAGGGUCAUGCUCUUGGUUUGAGGUGGGUGUUGAUCCCUUUUUUGUAUCUCUUGCUUUCCCUUUAGUGAAACUGCCUGCUCCCUGCUCCCCUCCAGUCACCAGGGACCUCCAGCAGCAAGCAGUGCGGGCACACUUGCGUGAGGUGUCCCAUCAGUCACACUCCUGAAUCUCCUACGACUACUUUUGAAUCAAAUACUUGUACUGUAAGUGGAAAGACCUCUCUACUCUUACCUGUACUUCAAAGACUUGCUUCCUCUGCCUUGAAGUUCCCCCCUCAGUCCAGCCAUCCUCAAGGAGACCUUUUUUCCGGAUCACAUACUUCCCUGGGCUUCUGUAAUGGCUACUUCAUGUCACAUGGUCUUUUCCACUAGAUCCUGCAGGGAUAAGCUGGGUCUCUCCUGCAUAACUCACUGUGACUCGCCCGAGCCUAGACCAGUGCCCUGUCCGCUCAGUGAGAGCGCAGGUGUACGGGGACUUGAAUGUAACUAACUUAGAACAGAGCGCCUCUCCCACCUCCCGGGAGAGCUUCGGUUGUGUCGGACGGAUUCACCCAGCACACUCGGGUUGCUCCCUGUCUCGACUAGGAAGCGAACCUCGGAGAUGUAUUAAACCUCAGCCUGGGGGCCGCCAGGUGCUGACUUCUGUUAGAGGGUUAGUGAGGGUACAGUAAGCCUCCAAGAAAGCUACAAUUCUGGAGGAACUCUGAAUUUCAUCCCCAAGCGAGCUCUGCCCCUAAUAGCCUCCUCUCUUCAGCUGGGUCCCGCCUCCUUAUACAGCCUUAUGGUCCGUAACCAGCCAGUGCCCCCAUUCGCCUCUCACUUCCCACACUCCCAGGCCAGUUUCUCUCCUUCCCCUCCCCCCUUCAUUCCUCCUCUUUCCGGGAGCCUCGUGCCGGGUCCUAGAAGGGCAGAAUCCGGGUGUCGAAGGGGGCGGGGUCGGGUCCUUUCCCUCCUACUAUGGGGCCGCGGAAUAUAAGACUCCAGGCGAGCAGGGACCCGGUCCACACCAGGGUCCGGAGGAGCAAUGGUCACCCGGGAUCGAGCUGAGAAUAGGGACGGCCCCAAGGUGAGAUGCGGGAGGGGAGGGAGCAGAGGUCAGAGCCAGACCUGAGUGGGCGGCGGAAACAGAGGUCUAGGGGCCUCGGUGAUGGGGAUCAGCAUCUUGUGGCCUGGAGGGCGUGAGAGGGGGCCGGUGUUGGAGUAAAAUAAGCAAGUAGAGGGCAGAGCCAAGGGAGGCGGGUGGGAACGAAAAGAGAAGAGGAUAGGCACUUGCUUUACGCUGGCCGUGAGCCAGGAGGGGCUGGCCCAAGGCGGUCUUGUAGAGAAGGCCCCGGGGCAUUGGUUCCAGAGACCUCAGACUGAUGGAAGAUUUUAGGAGAACCAGUCGAGAAGGAUGACGGCCUAGACGGUUUUGAGGGAGAAGAGGAGGCGCAGUCGCGCUAGGUAUCUCCCUUUCUAUAUUCAGUGCCGCCAGCUCUGAGCCCCGCAUCGUGCGGCCCACGUGCCUGCGCACAGAGGGUCCCCAGAGUUCUCCACUGAGACAGAGAGAGACUGCCCGAGACCGAGACGUAGAGAGGAAAGAGGAGGAGAGACACAGAGAGGGGAGGUGGGAGGACGAGACUGAGAGAGGAGAAUGCGAAGACUCGGGGAGGCGAGCUACAGAAACUGAUCUGAUCUAGGGGCAUUGGGAGGGGGAGCGGAGAGGGAUCGAAUGGAGCCGGCCCUGGGCAAUCGGGGGUAUGGGGGUCGGGGCGGAAGCCGGGCUCUCCCAGCGGCGGGAUCCGACGCCGGCGCGGCUGCGCUGAGUCUCGGUCCGGUCGGCCCGCUCUCCUUUUCCCGCUGGUCCCAGAUGCUGAAGCCGCUUGUGGAGAAGCGGCGCCGGGACCGCAUCAACCGCAGCCUGGAAGAGCUGAGGCUGCUACUGCUGGAGCGGACCCGGGACCAGAACCUCCGGAACCCGAAGCUGGAGAAAGCGGAGAUACUGGAGUUCGCCGUGGGCUACUUGAGGGAGCGAAGCCGGGUGGAGCCCCCGGGGGUUCCCCGGUCCCCAGUCCAGGACGCCGAGGCGCUCGCCAGCUGCUACUUGUCCGGUUUCCGCGAAUGCCUGCUUCGCUUGGCGGCCUUCGCGCACGACGCCAGCCCGGCAGCCCGCGCCCAGCUCUUCUCCGCCCUGCAUGGCUACCUGCGCCCCAAACCGCCCCGGCCCGAGCCGGUAGAUCCGAGGCCUCCAGCGCCUCGCCCAUCCCUGGACCCCGCCGCACCGGCCCUUGGCCCCGCGCUGCACCAGCGCCCCCCAGUGCAUCAGGGCCCCCCUAGCCCGCGCUGCGCAUGGUCCCCGUCCCUCUGCUCCCCGCGCGCCGGGGAUUCUGGCGCGCCGGCGCCCCUCACCGGACUGCUGCCGCCGCCACCGCCGCCUCACAGACAAGAUGGGGCGCCCAAGGCCCCGCCGCCCCCGCCGCCCGCUUUCUGGAGACCUUGGCCCUGAGCCUUGGGGGUGUCGGGGGGUGGGGUCUAGGGGUGGAGUAGAGACUCCAGCCCGAGGGCAGCAGAGGGACCCGGGCGUCCGGAAGAGCAGGAGGGCGGCGGGGCGCGCGGGCUUAGCGCGCGAGUGAGAUGUGGUCUAUAUUAGAGUGUCUAUAUAAAUAUAUAUUUCCCUGGUUUCUGUCCCUUUUCCCUGCCCCAACUUCUCCCUUGCGUCUAGGAUUGUACUCUCUCCGCCCCCAGCCCAGUCCCAGUCCCUUCCAGAGUCCCUAGUGCAUGGAAUAAAGUGGUUAUUAAAUCCCCGUGUGUCCCGGAGCCAGGGGCCUGCCUUUAUCUCGACGUCCAUGCCCGCUUUCCCUUCCCUUCUGUCUCCCACCCUCAGUCCUGCUCUCCAUGGCCCAAGCCUCGGGGCAGACAGGUAAGUAAAGAAGAGAGCAGAGCGGGGACUGAGAUCGAAAUUGAAACCAGGUGGAAAACGAGAGAGAUAGGGUAGGGGGAGAAGGGAUGGGAGCCUCUGAGCAAAAAAACGCAAAAAAAAAAAAAAAAAGGAAAAAUUUAAAUAAAAUCGACUCUGGUGGGAUUCGAACCCACAACCUUU